UGUCAGGGCUGUGGCGCAGGUCCCUCCGGGUGGGAGGCAGGGGUAGGAAAAACAGUCUGUGGCCAAAUUCCCUUUUAGACACCUGAGCCUGGCUGGGUUUGUAACCGGAGAGUUUUGCGUCUUUUCCCCAACCCCAUCUUCCCUGGGGAGAUCCCGGGGCCCUUCUCUCCACCCUUGGGGAGACUGCAGGGACAUUUCGGGGUUCUGCUUCCUUGGUCUGCAACUCCCUGAGCGCUUGGGCUGCGCUGCGGCUGGCUGGCGAUGGGCGCUCUGAUCCUGCGCUCGCUUUGAAAUCUACCCCCUCCUUUUUUUUUUUUUUUCCCCAAGCCAGGUAUGAUGAUGUCAAACGUGAUGCCGAUGCUACAGUUACAGACACGGCCCCUGCUGGCGCAGCCUCUCUGAUUCUCUCUCCCUCCGCGUCCAGUGCUGGGCUUUUUCAGACAAGUGCAUCUUCUAACCAGGUCACAUUUCAGCCGCGACCCACCCUCCGUCAGUCACUAGAGUCAGACCGCAGGAGGAGGGCUGAGGACAGCAGCAUUUCCUUCGCCAACAACGGGGUGGAGGGAAGGACGUUUAAAUCCUGCAAAAGUCAAGACCCCCCAGGACCAACCCACACCACGAUGCGCGCCCCGAGCUGCGGGCGACUGGCUCUGCCGCUGCUGCUGCUCGCCGCAGCCGCCCUGGCCGAAGGCGACGCCAAAGGGCUCAAGGAGGGCGAGACCCCCGGCAAUUUCAUGGAGGACGAGCAAUGGCUGUCGUCCAUCUCUCAGUACAGCGGCAAGAUCAAGCACUGGAACCGCUUCCGAGACGAGGUGGAGGACGACUACAUCAAGAGCUGGGAGGACAACCAGCAAGGAGAUGAAGCCCUGGACACCACCAAGGACCCCUGCCAGAAGGUCAAGUGCAGUCGCCACAAGGUGUGCAUCGCCCAGGGCUACCAGAGGGCCAUGUGCAUCAGUCGCAAGAAGCUGGAGCACAGGAUCAAGCAGCCCGCCCUGAAACUCCAUGGAAACAAAGACUCCAUCUGCAAGCCCUGCCACAUGGCCCAGCUAGCCUCUGUCUGUGGCUCCGAUGGCCACACUUACAGCUCUGUGUGUAAGCUGGAGCAGCAGGCCUGCCUGAGCAGCAAGCAGCUGGCCGUGAGAUGCGAGGGCCCCUGUCCCUGCCCCACGGAGCAGGCUGCCACCUCCACCACCGAAGAGACCUGCACGGGUCAGGACCUGGCUGACCUGGGGGAUCGGCUGCGGGACUGGUUCCAGCUCCUUCAUGAGAACUCGAAGCAGAACGGCUCGGCCAGCGGAGCAGCCAGCCCGGCCACUGGGCUGGACAAAAGCCUGGGGGCCAGCUGCAAGGACUCUAUUGGCUGGAUGUUCUCCAAGUUGGACACCAGUGCUGACCUCUUCCUGGACCAGACCGAGCUGGCCGCUAUCAACCUGGACAAGUACGAGGUCUGCAUCCGCCCUUUCUUCAAUUCCUGCGACACCUACAAGGACGGUCGGGUGUCCACUGCCGAGUGGUGCUUCUGCUUCUGGAGGGAGAAACCCCCCUGCCUGGCGGAACUGGAGCGUAUCCAGAUCCAGGAGGCUGCCAAGAAGAAACCAGGCAUCUUCAUCCCGAGCUGUGACGAGGAUGGCUACUACCGGAAGAUGCAGUGUGACCAGAACAGCGGCGACUGCUGGUGUGUGGACCAGCUGGGGCUAGAGCUGACCGGCACCCGCACGCACGGGAGCCCCGACUGCGAUGACAUCGUGGGUUUCUCAGGGGACUUUGGGAGUGGUGUCGGCUGGGAGGACGAGGAGGAGAAGGAGACGGAAGAAGCAGGCGAGGAGGCCGAGGAGGAGGAGGGCGAGGUGGGCGAGGCGGACGACGGAGGCUACAUCUGGUAGAUGGCCCUUGGGAGCCAUGGCGGGCCAGGGUGCCRACGGCCAGGGAGACGGGCCAGCGGGGACCUGGACAGCAGUGGGCAGCUUAGCGAGUGGAUCCAGAAACCAGUUGGAAGGACCCUGGCUCGAGUGGGGAGGCCUCGAAGUGUGAGUGCAUGAUACGUGUGAGGCAUGUGUGGCUGGGACGGGUGAAUGCGUGUGUGUGUGCGUGCGUGUGGCAUGCGCUGACCAACAUGUCCUUGACCCCAAAGGUCCCUUCAGCCGCCCUGUAGUUUUCUUUCCAUUUGUCGUUGGUUUUAAAAUACACUCACACCUACACAA